AAAAAAAAAAAAAGAAAAAUUGCAAAAAUUUGCAAUCUUUUUUUCUUUCCAUUUUAGGAAAUAAUGCAUCGGGGGUUCAUUACUUUGAAAAGAGUAUAAAAACCUCACAUAAAUUUCUCAAAGUCGUUUCAAAAGUUUUUUUUUUCUGCUUCUAUUGUUCUUUAUUGAUCUUUUUUAAGACUAAAAAUUAUAUCUAACAAUGUCUGGUGGUAAAUCUGGUGGAAAGUCUGCUUCUGGCUCCAAGUCUCAAACUCGUUCUUCUAAGGCUGGUCUUCAGUUCCCCGUUGGUCGUAUCCAUCGUCUUUUGCGUCGUGGUAACUAUGCCCAACGUGUGGGUGCUGGUGCUCCUGUGUACUUGGCUGCCGUCCUUGAAUAUCUCGCUGCUGAAAUUCUCGAAUUAGCUGGUAAUGCUGCUCGUGAUAACAAGAAGUCUCGUAUUAUCCCCCGUCACUUGCAAUUAGCCAUCCGUAACGAUGAAGAAUUAAACAAACUUCUCGGUCAUGUUACCAUUGCUCAAGGUGGUGUCCUUCCCAACAUUCACGCUUCCUUGUUGCCCACCAAGACCAAGAAGGCUGGUGCCUCUCAAGAACUUUAAACAU